GGCACUCGGCAGCAGUGACUUUGUUGUUGUUGUCGUGAGGAAACGGUGAGUCGUGCCGUGAGUCGCCACCGCCACACAUGAAAACAUAUUAUCGGCUUGUUAGCCAGUUCAGUUCAGUCAGCCGACGACGAGGAGCGGGUUUAGAUGCGGCUAGACCGGUCUGGGUUGUAUCUAUCGCUAGCGAAGUGGAGGCGAGCGUCUUAUCAGCACCACAGCCGUUCUUCUUAAGAUCAGGUGAAAAUACCUUGAGCAAUCGCGGCUGGUAUUCCGAGUGCUCACGGCAAGUUUCCUCCGCGGAUGCCCUCGAGAUGUGCAAAAUUCCUGGGAUGAUUGGCCCCGUGUUGGGCGCAUAGCGCAACGUCCAGAAUUCGGACCAUGCAGCGCGUAGAACUGGAAAAGUGCGUGGGAAAAGUGUUUUUGUCCGAUUCGGAUACGGAAUUCCGACUGGCAGAUAGCCGCGGGCGUGAGAUUUGAGGCAGUUCGAGGCUUUCAAGUCGCGGCGAGGUGUGAAUAUUGGAACCUGGUGCGGGCGAGAAAUGAUAAAGUGCAGGCCGCAGUUCGCUUUCGGUGGAGCGUUUUCUAAUCUUCAAGUUAACCGUGAUAUUGAACGCGGUGAGGUGGUUGCGUAUGAUAUCAGCUUCCCCCGGUAUCUGAUGGAAUGUAAUGAAUACUGAAUUUGUGGUUUAUGCCCCGGUUUCAUUGGCGGUUUAUUGAGUGUUUAUUGUUCUGAGUCCGCAGCUCGGCAAGCGAUAAUUGUGACAUGUGUGAAAAAAUGAGUGCAGCCAGGUCCGCGCUAUUAUUAGUGGCGGUUGCGUUUCUGACAACUGCAACCGUUGGCGUGCAAAUCGGUGCUGAUCAGUCCCCUAGGGUAUGUGAGCCAAUCAGGAUAGAGUUGUGCCGGGGAAUUGGAUACAACGAGACCUCCAUGCCGAACCUUGUGGGUCAUGAACUCCAGGCCGAUGCAGAUUUUACAUUGAAGACCUUCUCACCCCUGAUUCAGUACGGGUGCAGCGCGCAACUACAUUUCUUCCUUUGUUCGGCGUAUGUGCCCAUGUGCACGUCGAAGGUUCCUGAACCGAUUGGCCCAUGUCGGGGGCUAUGUGAGACUGUGCGCGAUCGUUGUAAUCCUGUUCUCCAAGGAUUUGGUUUCCCGUGGCCAACUGCUCUAGACUGCAAUCGCUUCCCAAAGGAAAACAAUCACGAGCAUAUGUGUAUGGAAGGUCCUGGCGAACCAGGCGGAAAUACGAUCGUUGGACAAGGUAUUAUUCCUGGAGGGAACGGUGCCCAUUUCUCUCCCCCAAUAUCAAAGAUCACGUCCACCUAUCAGACCAGUUGUCAAGGACUAACCAAGUCCCACCAUUACGUCAGACUAAACCGCUCUGGACGCUGUGCUCCUCUUUGUGAAUCGGAUAUCCUUUUUGAUCAACACGAAAAAUAUGUUGCAGAGAUUUGGGUAACUGCAUGGAGCUAUGCUGCUUUAGGAACAGCUGUGAUUGCAACGCUUUGCCUGAUAUUUUCGGAAGCAAAAUGGGAUAAGCUGUUGAUGCCGUUAGUGACUUGCCACAGUUUGGUGGCGGUGGGCUGGACAAUUCGAUUUGUUGCAGGCAGGAAUGCAACGGCUUGUGGGUAUGAUCCACAAUUGCCUGGAGUAUCACUGUUGCUGAUCGAUGGACUAUCGAAUGCGCCGUGUGCAGCAACGUUUUUGCUGAGGUAUUACUUUGGAAUGUCCGCAGGAGUAUGGUGGUCCAUACUCUGUUUGGAAUGGCAUCGAGGGAUACGCCGUGCUAGAAGUGAUAUCAACGAGCCAGCGGUAGUUUCCACGUCGAAUAACAACAAUAAUAAUAACAAUAAUAAAUUGUCCAAGAAUAAGAAAAAUGAGACGUUCAGUACAUUAUCACAGUUGGCAGCCUGGGGUUUGCCUGCUUUACAAACGGUGGCAGUUCUCGUGGCACGUAAUGUGGAUGCUGAUGAGCUUCUAGGUGCAUGCUAUGUAGGCAAUCAAAACGACAAAAACCUACGCUUACUUGUCGCGACACCACUUUCCUCCUAUUGGAUAUUCGGUUCAGUUAACCUGUUUGCUGGCUACUUGGUCUACAGACGAAAUCGUACCCCUCCACCGAUUCUUCCCGGCUCGCUUCAGGCCCCCGUGUCAAUAUUCAACUUGAAUGGCGUUGGUACCUUCCUUUUCAUUUAUUGCGUUCCCAGUGCACUACUCCUGAUUGCUGUGUUCUACGAAUUCGCCAAUAGCGACGUCUGGCUUAACUUACCUCAGCCAUCCUUUGAGCCUACUCCGCCAGUCAAAGCUCCAAUGUGGCCCUUUAUGACGCGAGCAUUCAUGGAGCUAAUGUUGGGGGUAGUGUCAUCAGCAUGGGUACUGGGACCUCGUAUCACUACCUUUUAUAAAAACCGUUUCGGGCCUAAAUACAAGCAGACGCCAGUGAAGUACCCUUCCACCGCUUACAGCACAGCCUCAUAUCAAACAGUUUGCCAACCGAGUUCAGUCCUGACUAUGGACAAAAUGUCGCGUAUGCCGAGGAAGUAUCCACCUCAUACGGUCAGGAAACCUCGUGGAUAUAAAAUGUCCUCACAAUCUUUAGCAUAUAAUGGGAGUGAAACAGUACUUUAAAGUAGAGUAGGUCCUAAAGUUAGUCUAGCGUAAAUCUAUUUCGUAUUCUAUGUCUAUUGUACUUAGUUUGAUCUAAGAUCGCACAGAUAAAUGUACAGUGCCAGCGUUUGGCAUAGCGCAAGGUACUUUAGGGUGAGAACGGACUUUACACUGCAUCAUCAUAAUUAACUUUCAUGAAAUGUAAUUUAAACAAUUUCUUUUUAAAAUUGAAUUUAGAGUUCGGUGCUCUGGGCAUUUCUAGUUUAAAGUUUUUCUUCAUUUUUCAUUGGAAUUAUCAUGCGAUUGCUUGAAAAGUAUACCUUCAAUCACUUGUAUUAUUUUGACAUCUGGAUGCAUCUUGAAUGGCCUAAAAACCCCUAAAGGACUAUUUUAAAACGUAACUUUAACACUAACUUACCUUCACACAUACGAUAAACUAAGAUUACAUUUUUCUAUGUAUUUAUUUAUUGAAAGUCUAACUUUAGUGCGUUAAGUUAUUGGCGUUAAGUGAAACUUAAGAUACAUUAAGUUUAUCAUUGGUAGGAUACCACCGUAGCGAAUACAAUUAUCGUAAGAAUUACAUUCUUGAGGCUUGCUGAUACAAUAUGGCCCAAUCCUGGUUGAAAGGAUGAAAAAUUGAGACCUAAUUGGUGUAUUAAUAGGUGUAGUCUCUACGUGCCAUCAAAAUUGUAAAUAAUUCAAAUGGAUAUAAAAGUGUAGAUGCUGCAUUUAUCAUUUACUUUUAGUUCAAUAAUUUAUCUUGUAAUAUUUAUUUAUUUUGUGAUAUUAUAUUAAUAUCGAAAU